AUGUCCCUACAGUCACUUCUCUGCUUGUUAUCACUCCUACCAUCCGUGUUAUCGAGGGCGCAGUUGGGUAAACGAGAAGCAGAUCCAAUGUUAAGGUUCAGCGAGUCGAUGCGACUAAACUUUGCCCACGCCCGCGAGUUUAGUGCCAGUUUUGCGUCAAAUCGGGAGCCGAGUGUGGUGGCUGAACAGAGUAAUGUCAACUAUGUCAACCCCAAUCAGAAUGGCUUUGUGAACUGGCAACAGACCCUGGGGCAGUUAAUGCCAAAUAUGCUGAAGUUCAACGCCAAUUAUAACAACAACUUUGGGCCAGAGAACGGGAAUUCGUUCGGAUUUGGGCCAAUUGGACUACCUAUGAAGGUGACUACGCUCGCUGGGUCGACUGGUCUUAAUGGUGCUGCUGGUACUUCAGGUAACAAAGUUUUAAGUAAAUUUGAAAAAAUUGAUGACUUGACAAAAUAAAAUUAAAAAUUUUUGAUAAUUGGAUUAAACUUUUAUUUUUUUUUUAUUUUAAACCUAUUUUUUAAAAAAUCGGAAAAACUUUUAUUACAAAACAUAAAAUAUAGUUCCUCGUAUAACAUGUCACCCGCAGGCUGCGUAACUUAAAAUAGAUCACUUUAAGCCCAAAUAGCUCAAAUUUUCAAAAAAAGGAUUUGAGAUCGCAAAAACUUUCUUUACAAACCAAAAAAUGGCAAUAACUUCCUUUAAAAAGCAAAAAAUGGCAAGAACUUUCUUUACAAAACAAAAAAUGGCAAGAACUUUCUUUACAAAACAAAAAAUGGAAAAAAAAUUUCAAAAAUUUUCAAAAAAUGUAAAUUUAGGCCUAAACUCAAAUUCCGGCCAAAUCUCAAGCGCAGGCCUCACGUCUGGUGCCAUUUCCAACCCACGCCAACCAUUUGGUCAGAGUGGCUCUUCUAGCCAAAACUCAGGCUUGAACUCACUGUCCGGUGCACCUGGUACACCAUCCAACCCAGGAUACCAACCCCGAGGCGGUAUUACCGGCAUUGGUGGUGGACCAACUGGUACUAAUGGUGCUACAACGAGAAGCCCAACUAUUGGCCGACCAAAUGGACAGUUUGGUGGAAGGACAAUGAAACCUCAAGUUGAAGACAAGCCUUUGACUAUGUCAGAGAAAAUGAGUGGGUUUUGAGUAGUUGCAAGAAUUUUUUUUCCAAAUUUUAAAUUUAAACAAAAAUUAAAUUUUCAAAAUUUUUUAAGUAAAGAAAAACUUUCUUUCCAAUCUUUUCCAGAGCUAAAAAUAUUCUUAUCACUAAUGAAAAACACUGCACCGUGCAAAGAAAUAAAUUUGACUGCACAGUGCAACAAAGAUUUUAGAUUGCACGGUGCAAUCAUUUUUUAAAAAUUCACUGUGCCAUUAUUUUUAGAGCAAUAAAAUUUAAAGUGCUUUUAAUAGCUUUAUAUAGUCCAUACUAAAGGUUAUACUAGUAUUUAUUACCUAAAAUAAUUUACAAAUAACACAGUGAAAAAAAUGAAAGUUGUUGCACCGCGCAAAAUAAUUUUAUGAUUGCACGGUGCAAUAACUUUUAAGGAAUUUUACGGUAAUGAUACAUGUGCUGACAUUUUAUGGUUUGAAAUCGUACUUUAAAACGUCUGAAUCGCAAGAACUUUCUUUACAUAACGAAAAAUUGCAACAACUUUCGUUACGAAACACAAAAUGGCACGAACUUUCUUUAAAAAUAAAAAAAGACAAUAUUUUUCAAAAAGCCGUAAUAACUUUGUUUCCAGACCCCAAAUACCUAACCACGCCCUCGCCUUCAUCGGCUUCGGCCGAACGCUCAACGCCAUCGGCGAGCUGGGAACAGUCAGCGGAACGACCGUUGAGCGCCUCCACCAUCAACCCCAAAAUGGCACAAUACUGGUUGUAUUAA